AAAAUCAUCAUGAAUUCAAUUCUAAUAACGGGUUGCAGUCGAGGACUUGGCUUGGGUUUGGUGAAACAAUUGCUUGUGACCAGUCAACCGACAAAACACAUUUUUGCAACAUGCCGAAAUCCCGACAAAGCACAGGAGCUCAAUGAAUUAAAGACGAAACACAACAAUCUGCACAUUUUCCCAUUGGAUGUCACAAACUACGCUAGUUUCGAUGCAUUGGUGCAGCAAAUCGAUGAAAUUGUCAAGGAUGAAGGAUUGAAUGUGCUAUUGAAUAAUGCUGGCAUCUCGCCGAAAUCGACUCGGUUGAAUUUUGCCAAAGAUUCAGACCUCAGAGACACAUUCGAAACCAAUACCGUGGCACCAGUUAUGUUGACUAAGGCCUUCAUCCCACUAUUGAAAAAGGCUUCGAAGUUCAACGAAACCCAACCGAUGGGCGUUCAACGUGCAACGAUCGUGAAUAUGAGUUCAAUUUUGGGUUCAAUCCAAGACAAUCAACAGGGUGGAAUGUAUGCAUAUCGUAUGUCUAAAGUUGCAUUGAACAUGGCUACAAAAUCGAUGAGCCUCGAUUUGAAAAAUGAUCGCAUUUUAUGUGUCGCAAUGCAUCCAGGUUGGGUGCGAACUGAUAUGGGUGGAUCAAAUGCUCCACUGGACAUUGAAAGCAGCUGCAACCAAAUGGUACAAACCAUUCAGGCUUUGAAUGAAUCACAAAACGGCACAUUUAUUCAAUUCGAUGGCAAAGCAUUGCCGUGGUAAAUGAAGAAAUCCAAGAUGAUAUCGGAAAAAUCAGCAAAAUCAUUAUAAAUUCGAAAAAAUUACUGUAAAUUGAAAAAAAGGAAAAUAAAAUGCAUUUCUUUUGGAUUCGGAUUCAAAAUUUGAUACAA